GCAGCAGCGGUGGCGGCGGCGGUGGUGGUGGCCGCGGGAAGGGAAGUUUAGCGCCGUGAUUUUACUUCUUUCCCUCUAUUCUCUUGUGUUAUUUCUCAUGUCACACCGGGGGACGGGCGGAUUAACGUUUCCCUGAUGAAAAUUAAUCAUCUGUGGAGAGGCUCUGUGAUCGUGACUAUGAUGAUGAUGUCGAGUAAGAGCGUGGAGUGGCUGCAGGAGGAGCUGGAGUCCGGGGCCAGCUCUCUGCUGCUGCUGGACUGCAGACCCCAUGAGCUGUACGAGUCCUCGCACAUCGAGUCGGCCAUCAACCUGGCCAUCCCGGGCCUCAUGCUCCGGAGGCUGAAGAAGGGCAACCUCCCCAUCCGCUCCAUCAUCCCCAACAACGAGGAUAAGGAGAAAUUUGUCAAGCGGUGCAAGACGGACGUGGUGGUUCUGUACGACGAGGCGACCCCGGAGCGGCAGGAGUCCGGGCUGGGGAGCUCCGUGCUGGGGCUGCUCCUGCAAAAACUGCGGGACGACGGGUGCAAGGCUUUCUAUCUGGAGGGGGGCUUCAACAAGUUCCAGUCGGAGUACCCCGAGCACUGCGAGACCAAUUUGGACUGCUCCUGUCCCAGCAGCUCCCCACCAGCCUCCGUCCUCGGCCUGGGAGGACUCCGCAUCAGCUCGGACUGCUCAGAUGGGGAAUCUGACCGCGAGCCGGGCAGCGCCACGGAGUCUGAGGGCAGCCCGCUCCCCAACAACCAGCCAGCGUUUCCCGUCCAGAUCCUGCCGUACCUUUACCUGGGCUGUGCCAAAGACUCCACCAACCUGGAUGUGCUCGGCAAGUACAAUAUCAAGUACAUCCUCAACGUGACGCCCAACCUGCCCAACAUGUUCGAACACGAAGGGGACUUCAAGUACAAACAGAUCCCCAUCUCCGAUCACUGGAGCCAGAACCUCUCUCAGUUUUUCCCCGAGGCCAUUUCAUUCAUUGACGAGGCGCGCUCCAAAAAGUGCGGCAUCCUGGUGCACUGUCUGGCCGGGAUCAGCCGCUCGGUGACGGUCACGGUGGCCUACCUGAUGCAGAAGCUCAACCUGUCGCUCAACGACGCGUACGACUUCGUCAAGCGGAAAAAGUCCAACAUUUCCCCCAACUUCAACUUCAUGGGCCAGCUCCUGGACUUUGAGCGAACGCUGGGCCUCAACAGCCCCUGCGACAACCGCUCGACCUCCCCAACACACGACCAGCUCUUCUUCACCACCCCGACCAAUCACAAUGUGUUUCAACUGGACACGCUGGAGUCCACAUGAAAUUUAGACGGGGGGAUUGUCCCUUUUUUAAGGGGGGUCAAGGUGGUGUUGUUACCAUGGUAACAAGCGGCUGAACUGGAGGGAAGCAGCCAGUUUUAAUGAAUGUUUUAAGGCUCCCGGUGGCUCGUUGUCUGAGAGCCUGACCACGGAGCAGCGUUGGAGGGUUAGGGGAGCUCACAGAUGCCACGUUAAAAGGGGGAAAAGGUAGUUUUUUUUUAACCCAGAAGUGGGAACUGACAAACGGGUUUUACGGUGGCGUCUUCCUCGGAGUUGAUUGAAAUCGAGGGAGGAAAAAAGCCCUGAUCAACUUGUCUUUUAACAGAGAACCAAGGAGACUUUACUGACUGAGAAACUGAGUGAAGGCGGCAGCAGGACAGACAGCUUCAUACAAAGAUAGGAACAUGGAAAAAUCUACAGCGCUAGAUUUAUGAGACAACAACAUCCUCUCUGUCUUUCUGUCUCGGCUCUCGAGCUGAGCUGACUGGUGCCAAGUGGAGAAUCUGGGAUUUACUUGUAGAAAAUCUCGCUCUACUGAAUGUAGAGUUUUAUAAACCAAGGAAUUAACACACACACACACACACACACACACACACAUAAACAAAGUAUGUAUGUUUGUACUGUAUGUACUGUAUGUAUGUUAACGUACAUAGCAGAACAUGUAUGGGCAGUCCUUAACAAAUUCAGUAUGUCUAUAUGCAUUUUUGUAUAUUUUUGUGUACAUUUACGCACAAAUCUAUACCUUAUAUAAAUAUAUACGCAUAGAAAUCUUAUCUAUCCAAUCCAAUAAUGGCUUAAGAGAAUGUAAAACUAAAGAAGGGGAAUGGGUGUGGUGACGCCAUCAAAGAGGAACGUUGUUGUGAUAUUCCGAGUUGUCUUCUUUUUUUUCUUUUCUAUUUUUUUGUUUUGUUUCAUUUUUCUUUCAGGUUUGUAAUGACCUAAUGCAGUUUGCACAGUGGUGUAGCCAUUGACUUGUUGGCACUUGGAGCCAAUGCUUGGAAGCAGGCAGAUAAAGAGACAUUCAGAGAAGAGGAGCGGUGAGGAGAGGCCAGUCCCAGGCUGCGACGAGUCCCAACAGCUGCACAGUGGAGUGGGGAGGGAGCAGGAACUGGGCCCCCAAGCAAAGGACGAGGUUCAGAGGGUUAAAGGGUUAGGACUAGGGCAUGGGGUUAGGAAUUAUCAGUUGAAUCGUGGUUGGGUAGAUUUGAUGUUUGUCAAACUGCUGUUGCACUUCCCAGUUCCUACUUCCUUCACUAUAUGACUGUUCAUUCAGUUUCCACCAGCUGUUUUGAUUAUUUUAGUCGAUGUUAUUUCAUUUCAGUCAAAAACUCUGAACUUCCUCAGUUGUUUCAUCACAGCAUCUAACGGCUCUGACUUUUGUACUUGGAGGCAGAGACUUGAAUGAGAGAUCAGCGUUGGUGUUAGGGGAUGCUAAGGCACUGUUAACAUUUCUGAGCAACGUUUUAGGCAGCUUAUCUUAGCAACCAUGGGCAAGGAAGUGCCUCAACAAUCUUGUAUUACCUUCUUUUUGCCUAAGAGGAAAUUAUUCAAUUUGUUGUCCUAUCUUUGGUCCCUUUUAAGACCCAGGUACAAAUUUGCCAAACAAAAAAAAAGGAUUCUCAGAUAAGGGACUGUGAUUGUAACCUGGUCUUGGUGUUUUGGACUGGGACUGGCCUCAGCUACAAACUGCACUUAGCUACUUAAAUAGCUUCACAACCCCUUAACUGCAUUGGGGAAAACCGAAGGAAAGGGAUCACCCAUUUCGUCAAAGUAAAGUUUGUCUGAGUUGAUUCACCCUUAAGCCUUGGGUAUAUUAUUAUAUGAAAGAUAUAUUAAACACAAAUUGAUAUAAAUAUAUAUAUUAUAGAGCUAAUAGUAAAGAUUAUUUUGUAUACCUGAGCAUGCUAUGGUGCUGUAUGCUCUCUAACAGUAGACAUAACCACGGGUUGGAUGUUGAUUUACCGGGAAGGAAGACGAACGAUGGGGACCGUUUUUUUAACUGCUGUUGCUGCUGAACACAAGCAGUAAACAGCGUGUGGUUAAGGAGUUUUCUGAGACCCUGUUCACAUGUGAAGCACCUUAACAAGAAAGCAUUCUGCUGCAGUCAUUGGCCGUUUAAAGUAGGGUUCCUCUGAUGAGUGGAACAACACUGCAGCACUUAUGGCAAUGUCUGUAGCUACAUUAGGCCUCAUGCAAGAACACUCUUGUAUUCUCAUCCUCAAUCUCUUUGGCUUUUAUCUGCUCGUACGAGUGUUCAAACUCAGUCUGUAAUUGCACAAACAUGUCGUAAAUCAUUCUUUUCCACCCAAUGAAUGCCACCUCUUCAUAAGUACGUGAACAUUCAGGAGUUGUGAUCAUUAGCAUAAUCAGUGCUCCACAAUUGCUAUAAAAGCCUACCUGUUCUGCUCAAUUCAAGGGUACCUUUCAUUCACAAAAAUGUGACUAAAAAGAGUAAAAAGCUGAAUGAAAAUUUUAAUAUAGCUGUUCAGUGAUGGACAUAAAGAAGGAAUGGUUUGAUAUGUAAUCAAACCACUGAUUUUUAAAGGUGAGGUGGUCAAUAUAGGGAAAAACCAUGUUGGUUUGUGUUGCGGUUUUAUUCAAGGUUAUAAAUGUUAGCAGACAUUGGGAACGUAUUUAACUCCAAAUUGAUAAAGCCCUAUAGUCAAACAAGUAUUUUUAAACUGGAGAAAGUAGUCCAGCACUAUACCAUUUUAAUAUCAGGAGUACCUGUACACUGGAAUCACAGCUCCUUUUUUAGUUUUAUUAGUGAUGUUUCAGCCAACUGCAGAUCUUCCUCAGGCCUGUGGUUGGUCUGAGGCUACUUCAACUGAAAGACACUUAAGAACAAAUCUUUGUAUGAGCGUUUCUUGCAUGAUGCCCAAUAUUCACAGCAAACUACAGAUCAAUGGUGUCAAAGUGGUGAUGUGGACGGGGUCUAGACAGAAACAAAGAACUGGGUUUCAGAGGGGGCAGCAGUUGAAUCUGAACAGGGUUGGUUUUAGCUGGCCUUAUAUUAUCUUUCUAACUUGUUUCUAAUGCUGACUGUUCAAUACUCUUUGUAUCUCACUUGUGUAAAAAAAGAAAGAAAAAAUUAAAUGUUUGUUUUAUCUGUUAUUUGAAUCAGAACAUGGUAAUAAAAGACAGCGAGCUGUCUAUUUACCGUAACGGGUCACACGAGGUCCUCUUUGUUACUCUGCAAUAUAUCAAAACACCUUUUUGCAGUAUUUUGUAGAUCCAAGACCUCAACAUUUUUAAAAUCUUCUUCUUUUGUACUAUAUCUAUUCUAUAUAAUUAUACAAGAUCCAGCUCGAUAUGGCUUGUGGACUGAAGUAACAUUUCACCUGGGGUGUCCAAAAUGUAGGGCCGGUGUGCCCGUUACCAACGUGAAAGAGGCCCUCACUAACACACACACACACACACUGCUUCACAUAGUCAGAGCUGUGGUUCAGCAUGCCAGUUAUGUUUCACAAUAGACGAUUACACCACCCGGCUUUAAUAAUUACAAGGUCUUUUUCCGUCUUGUUUUGAUAUAAUGUGCUCUAUGCUAUUCCUGUGGCCUUUCAAUAUGAAUAUAUAUCUAAGUAUAUAUAUGUUAUGAAUUUAUAUGCAAAAGUUCCUCUCAUAUUAUAGCAUCAGAGAUAAAGAUAAUACCACCAUGCUUGAAUGGACUUCCCUUGUCUGUAGUCAUAUCCCACUUACAAUAAGAAAAACGUUGAGGACUUGAUCUCUUGCACCCUAGGAUUGAAAUAUAUUUCAGUACGGAGGUUUUCUAUUUAAAAGAAUAUGGUUGAUUUCAAGCUGCUUUCUUGUGGUUUUUUUUGUGUCUUUGUAACAAUGAAAGAGAAAUCAAGUCUUUUUCUCUGUUUGUAAAUUUGCCAGAUCACGGGAACGGCCGUUUCUGUGUCCUUAAACUUGUAGCUACAUCUCGGUGAGAAUGUGCUCGGGAGGGAAAGACGUGAAUGAGCGAGAGCAGAGGAGAGGUGGCGACGUUAAAUACAAAGUGAAAGAAAAAGUGAAUGAUUUUAAAAAUGUUACCUCAGUGAGGAAUUUUUCAGGGAUUUUUUUGACAAUGCAUCUUGCAUCGUGUUACAGCUUCAAACACACGUUGAAUAGCUGUUUUGUAUUGUGCUGUAAACCGUUUUUAAAAAAGAUGCAAUCUGUCUGUGUAUAAAAACAAGGGGCAUGUUAACCGGGGCAGUUUCACCUUUCUGUCUAUUGAAGGAAAUACGAUUGACCCUGUGUAUUGUACAGUAUAUGGAAACAACACAAGACAUGUUUAUACCGCAAAUAAAUAUUGAAAUAUUUUUUUCUUUAA